AAUGUGUAAACACAGCUGUAGGGUAGCCAACCAAAGAAAGUGAUUCUAGCAGCAAGCACCAAAUGGGUUCUGUUUUGGUACGGACAAAUUCUAACCUACAGGAAGAGAGCAGUACUAAGAACCAGUUAAGCAACCACUUGAACAUGAACGAGUCUGAUGAAAAGACCUGUGGAGACUUUCAAGAAAACACAUGGCUGUACAGAAGUGGUAGAUUCGGAAAUGGUGCAGUCGGACUUCACAAUUUUGGUGUCACCUGCUGUAUAAAUUCUGUCCUGCAGACAUUCUAUAUGACAAAAGAGUUUGCUCAUAUUCUUGAGAGGUUUCAGUUUUUAGGCACAGGAGAGAAGGAAGCAAACACACCUCAUCAGCUUCGGAACCUUUUUGAUAUGAUGCAGAGAAGUAAAGAACCAAAUAUUAGACCACGUGCCUUUAUCAACUGUCUGAAGAAAAAUGGAAUUAAUGAUUACAUCCAACAUGAUGCAGAGGAACUUUUUUUAAAGUUUCUGAAUUUGCUCAAUUCUCAGAUGCAAAACCAAGCUCUAGCUAAAGAGAUUACUGAUCUCUACACCAUCAGAGUAUAUGAAUACCAGCAGUGCCUACAAUGUUCUGCUGAGCUGAAGAAUGACAGUUAUAUGUACAGCCUUCCUGUGUCCAUUGUAAACUGCCGAACAGUGGAAGACUCUUUGAUCCAUUUCUUUGACUUUGAAACUUUGACUGGAAGAAAUAUGUAUCUGUGUAAAAACUGUAAUGUAGACACGGAAAAAACACAGGGUUUCUUGCUAAAGUCUUUGCCACCAAUCCUAAAUUUAAACUUGAAGCGUUACUCUAUUGACAGAAGAUGGUUUAGGACAAUGAAGAUUAGCAACACUUGUGAAUUUGCCGAACAUCUUGACUUCAGUAAAGUGCUCAGUGCUGACAAGUUGUCUGAAUGUACAGAAAAACAGAACGAGUUGCAGUAUGAACUGUUUGCUGUUGUUGCACACUCAGGAUAUUCGGCUUUUUAUGGACAUUACUAUGCAUGCAUUAAAAUUCACACUAAAUGGUAUAAGUUUGAUGACAGCCAUGUAAGUGAGACAUCCUGGAAAGAUGUGAGGAAUACAUUUGGUGGCUCCUACUACUGUAGCACAGCAUACAUGCUACUUUACAGAAAAUGUCCUACAUCACCUUCUGGAACUGUGUCAUAAGUGGAGGCCAUCAGCUGCAAGUUGGAAAGAGAGAGAUGUAAAACAAGCAUACAUCUCUCUGCCUGUUGGAUUUUUUUUAAAGCAUUAUUGUACUGAAACUGAUAAACUCUAAAUAUUUGUUUAGAUAUGAUAACUUGAUAUGCUUGGACAGUCAUAUGUCAUGGAAGGCUUAUAAAAGUGAAAGACUGCAGUCGUUUUUGGUAGUCCACCUGAUUACUGACCUCUAACUGGAGGAAUUUGGCAUUUAGUGCUUUCGUGUUUUAAGAGCUGUCUGUCUUUGAAUGAGAGGGUGUGGUGCUAAACUAGUUCCUAGCAUUAAUGCUGCAUAAUACAUACUUCAUAGGAUAGGAACAAUGUGAUGAGAUGCUUGGAGAACAACCUGCAAGUGCUCAGUCAUACUCUCAACUGCUCGGCGUUUGGCAGAAUGCUCCAAUUUCAUUUUCUGAAUCUUGUCUACUUUGCUGUUCCUCUUUGAUAUGUGAAAGCACUGAUUUCUUAUCUUUCAUUGGCUUGAUUAAACAGCCGAUGAGAGAAAUUUCUAGAGCUUGUCUCAGUCAAAACACUAAUAGCAGGCAAGUAUUCUAGCACUGUGCCAUCUCAAAAAAAAUUAUACAGUGUAGUGCCAAAGAGGUUCCUAACCAGAUUCUAUUAAAUGCUGCAGUACAUUUGGACUGUGUGACUGUGCUUAAACACACUGGGACAGAGGACAUAGCUGCAUUAUCAUAGGAUCAUAGGAAGUUACUAGGCUAUUGGCCCUGAGGCCCUUACAAGUCUAGCAAAGAAUUUAGCCCAUGUUCCAACAAGUCAUCAGUAUUUCGUAAUUAUCCUCAAUUUUGGCUAAAUAAAAGUAAAUGUUCUUGCAAAUCGCUGAAAUUACAGCCAGUGAAUAGUAACAGUAAUUAAGAUUUUCAAAAUGCACUUUGAUGUAGCACCUGUUGUUUUAUUAAAUUUUAAGUAAAUUAGAAUAAUUUAAAAUGUUAGUAUUUUUAGACUUUUAUCCUUCUGUUAUUUUUGCUUUGUCUGGAAUUCUAGCGUAUUUUGGUCUGUUACUCAUAAAAAUCAGCAUUUUCUCCCAUAUUAUUGUGGAUUGCAGUCAUUAAAUAACAGCAGACGUAUGUUUCAGGCAUCAUAUCAUUCAGAAAAUGUUUCCAAAUGCAAAGCUUGUUAUUCUAGCAAAUUUCUCUGUAUGCAAGAACAGUAUUUAAAAUCUUUCCCUGACUUUGUCAUUCCUGGGAUAAAAUGUUUAGAGGGAUGGCAGUGUGUUGCAAUGAGUUGCACCAUGUGAUUCUAACAGUGGCAAACUGAAGUAUGUUUCAAGUCCAUUAUUUAUUUAUAUAUUUAUGCAGACAUCUAAGAUGUUCACAAUUACAGAAAUGUUUGUAAUUGUUGGUUUUGUGUGUAUGGGUUUGUGCUGGGGGCAAAGCUGUCAAGGUGUCUUUGAUUCAUCCUCAUAUUUUUGGUCUGAGAUUCAUAAAAUCUGUAGUUUUCUGGAAAAUUGCUAUUGAUUGCAAUCACCAAAUAAAGAUAUAUGUGAGGUUUGAA